CACAGAGAGAAGAGAGAACAGAGAAGAGUAGAGAGAGCUUGAGUGUAGAGUUGAGUUGAGAAGAUUCUCCUCCUCUUUGUUUGUAUUGUUUGUAAGCUUCAUUAAUACAAACCAGUAGCUCCGUGGAGUAGGCAAGUUGCCGAACCACGUAAAUUGUGUGUGUUUGAGUUCUGGAAAUAGCCCAACACAGCAUCAGUGACAAACAUCUGGUUACUGCAAGUUCUAGUUGUUUGUCCAUCAUUUUCUUACAAUUCCAUUUCGUUUCCUUUGACUGUAUUUGAUAGUAGAUUCCAUCUCAAGUUUUCAUUUUAUAAAAUCUCCAAACUGUGAUUUGUUUCUGUGGUUUUUGUCAAUUAGAUCAUCACAUGCAGCUGCGGCAGAAAAUAAUACUCCUGCUGCUGGCGUGGUCCCUGGCCUUUACUGGCCAGAUUGUGUUUCCACUUUCCGCACUCUUAAGAGAAUAAAUAAUGCUCAAAACUUGAAUCAAGUAUUUCAACUCAUUCAGUACAUAGAACAGCAUCACAGGACCAACAUGGAUUGAUUAGCACAGUACUAAAGAAGCAAAAUCUAAGUAAACUAAGAUAGUUUAGCACAGAUUGUGUUCCGUUGCACGUAUUUGUACAGGUUUUUUUUACGAAUCAGCCAUUUUAUCAGGGAGAAAAGUCUACAGAAUUACCAAAUAGCCGCUGCUAUAAAGCAUAUUUUUGUUAUGCUGUUAAGGGAGUAAGGGACGAUUAUCUGACUGAAUGUCCAAGUAAGCUAUCCAGCAAGAUAAAUUAUGUCUGGAGAUGUUCAGAGAGUAGUGGUGAUCCAAGAUGCAACGCGGGAGAUUAAUCUGAUUGCAAUCAGAUGGGUCCUUCAUGGAUUUUCACUUAAUCUAGGAGAUGCAAUUAUACUCUUUGGAGCUUUUCACCAGGUUAAUAAUUUAUCUUUCACUGAAAGUGAAACCCUGUGUAAGAAUUUGUGCCUUUUCUUUUCAUUCCUAAACGGGUUCCUUGAAGCAUCCUCAGAUAUAAAUGUGCCCUUACAUUUUGCUUGUACUAAUCCUAGAAGCUGCACACCAGCACUUGUAUAAUUCACUUUGCUAAUUAAUCUUCCCUUUCCUUUUCUUCUGUAACUUUCGUUAUCCAGUGGGAUACAGGUUCAAGGUGGAAUCAAGAUCAAUGUUUGGGGUAAACCCAAAAUUCAUUGCAGAAGAAGUUUCCAAAAGGAAAGAAGAGUGCAUUAACAAUGUGGAAGUUAUAGAAAUCGCUAAGCAAUGUGAAAAGGAACAGAUUGAGUUCCAUGUAGAAGUGCGUGCUGGACCUAAUCCAAAGGAGCUUGCUCUAAAAGCUGCUAAAAAUUUCAGGGCCACAUGGGUGGUCCUUGACAGGCAAAUGAAGAGAGACAAGAACUACUUCAUGGAAAAUCUUCCAUGUGGGAUAUCAAGGAUGAAGCAUAACAACACCAUUGAACAACUAAGAGGUCCAAAGAGCACAAAAGUGACUUCAGAAACAAAAGUUAAGAGCAAAAGUGAAGACAAAAUAAAAGUAGAUGAAAAAGACAAAGGCAAAGGAGUAGAAAAGGAUGAACAAGAGGAAGAAAAGGUACCAUAUGAUGAAAUGAUACCAGGGAGCCCAAAGCGCAAAAGGUCUGGCCGCGCUUCAUCUUCAACCUCAACUACUGGUUAUCAUGAGCAAUGUACUUCAAGUUCUACAUUUAAAACUGCAAAGCAAGCCUACAUGAAUUUUCAAGAGGAAGAAAAAAACACUACCAGCACAGAACAAGACACAUCAGGUAAACAAUCCCUCGCUGCAAGUACUGAGUUUGAGCAGAGGGAAAAGGAGGCAGUGAUCCCAAAUGAACAAAACAACAUAGAUGAUUGGAUGGGAGGGAGUCCUAAGGAUGAGGUAUUCAGAAAUUCCAUUUGCUCAGUUUGCAAGAAUAGACGGCCAAAGAUAGGAUGGAAGAGAGACUUCAGCUAUGCAGAGAUCCAUGCUGCAACAGAAGGAUCUUCCCAAACAAAAUUCCUAUCGGAAGGUGGUUUUGGCUCUGUCUACAGAGGCGACCUGGAUGGGCUGGCAAUUGCCGUAAAGCAACACAAUGGUGCAAGUUUCCAAGGAGAGAAGGAAUUCAAGUCUGAAGUUGAAGUCCUCAGCAAAGUCCGACAUGAGAAUUUGGUGGUGUUGUUAGGGUCAUGUUCUAAAGGAAGUGACAGGUUGCUUGUUUAUGAAUAUGUGUGCAAUGGUUCACUGGACCAACAUUUAUCAAAACAUGCACGCAAGCCUCUCACUUGGGAGAAGAGGAUGAAGAUAGCUUUGGGAGCUGCUAGAGGGCUAAAAUAUCUGCACGAGAACAAUAUUAUCCACAGAGAUAUGAGGCCAAACAACAUUCUCAUAACCCAUGAUCACGAAGCACUGCUUGGAGAUUUCGGUCUUGCAAGAACUCAAUAUGAAGAUUCAGAGCAGUCCUGGGAGACAAGAGUUGUUGGAACUCUUGGAUACUUGGCACCAGAAUAUGCAGAAAGUGGGAAAGUGUCAACCAAGACCGAUGUUUAUUCUUUCGGGGUGGUGCUAUUGCAGCUGAUCACAGGACUACAGAUUACAGACAAGAAACUAGCAGGAAAAAGUCUUGUAGGAUGGGCAAGGCCACUGCUGAAAGAAAGAAACUACCCAGAUUUAAUUGACGAGAGGAUCUUAGAGUCCCACGAUGUCCACCAACUCUUUUGGAUGGUUCGAGUAGCAGAAAAAUGCCUCAGCAAGGAUCCUCAGAAGCGAUUAACUAUGAAUAAGGUGGUUUAUGCCCUAAACUACAUAAUAGAAAGCAACUCAACCUGCAGUCUUGGAGAGAUAAUCCCUGCAAAAUCAGAUUCACCAAGCAGUGCAGGCUACUCCUAUGAAUCACAAGAUUAUUGCGAUACAAGUUCUACCGCCGAAACCUUGUCUACUAGCUUUGCUGCGGACAGCAUGUCGACCAGUAGCAUGGGUGACAUGAGCCUAUGACUUCCACCAUCACCCCCAAUAAACUUUCACCAUCACCUCCAAUAUUAGCCAUUUCCUCAAGAAGAUCAAGCACUGCGGUGGAUCAUCUUAAGGUCGAGGUGCCGCACUUCAUAGAGAGAUGGUUAGCUAGGUACUUUGUCCAAUGGUUUCAGCUUCUUGUGAUAAUCCAUGCAUGUUGAUUGUCUUGUUACAUGUUAUUAAUUUGUAAUAUGACAGUAACUGUUUUUUGUUGGAUUACGUUUUUAAGUUUUACA